UAUACUAACGCAGGCGAAAUCAUCCUUCAGUUUUUGGUUUACACUUUCACUUCUUCAGUUUCAACACCAGGUGACAGCACUUGUGUGAGGGCCUCCGAGGGUGAAAGAAGAACACAAAGAGGGGAAGGAAUUAAAGUGGUGGAUGGAGAUGUAAAUGUUACAAUGGGAGAAGAUGCCGUUCUUCAAUGUAAACUGACUGAUACAUCAGAUGAAGUUACACAGAUAACUUGGCAGAGGAAAAACAGUGCUCAUGAAGAUAACUUUCUCAUCUUUGAAAGAGAGAGUGGAGCUAAACCUUUAAAUGAAUUUGGAAAAAGAGUACAGUUUAUUGGUGAUGGAGACAAGAAUGCAAAUAUUAUCUUAAAAAAUACAAUUCUUUCCGAUGAAGGUGGCUACAUAUGUAUUUUCACUGUUUUUCCCAGUGGACCAUAUUCCACAGAUAUACAACUCACCGUAAGAGUCACUCCUGUUAUCAAAGUCUUCACUGAAGAUCCACCAGAAGUUGGCAGUGGAGAAAGUACAGUAGCUACCUGCAUUGCUGCAUGUGGAAAGCCAGCUGCUACAAUCACAUGGAAAACUUCUCUUACUGAACAGCGCAUUGAGAACAACUCCUUUCUUCAUGAAAAUGGUACCACGACAACUCGGAGCCAAUUACUAGCAAUACCAGUCAAGUCAAUGCAUCAGCAGGAAGUGUUUUGCAUUGUUGAACACCCAACUCUGAAACAUCCAGAAAUUGUCUCACAUAAGCUAAAUAUAUACUAUUCUCCAUCAGUUGAUGUAAGGGCUGCUGAGAAACCACCAGGCAGCCUACUCCUCCAGUGUGAAGCAGAUGCCAACCCACCGGCUACUUACUCCUGGAGCAAAGAAAACCAGAGUCUUGCGACAAGUAAUAAAAUGAAUAUUGAAAGAAGCGGGCAAUAUCUAUUGGAGAUGACCCCUGAUAUCAAUGGGCUAUACUUUUGUGAAAGCAGUAAUCCAUAUGGUACAGCAUCAGGGACAAUAUAUCUUCAUAUCAGCAGUUCCAGGGAGCAAUAUGGCGUGCUUAUUGCUGGAAUUAUUUUAAUAUUAAUUGCACUUGCAGUUGUUCUAUUCUUUGUGUGGAGACAAAGAGGAGAGCAAACAGGGAGUGUUCAGUUCAGAAGAAACAGGCAGGAUACUGGUGGUACUGAAAGUGAUUCUAUGACACAGGGAAGAGACCAAGGAAGAGAAGAUGUUGACAGUGUUUGAAAUGGGAGCAAAAGACUGCUCUGGAGGCAGUGUGGUCCAGUGGUUAAAGGAAAGGGCUUGUAACCAAGAGAUCCCCGGUUCAAAUCCCGCCUCAGCCACUGACUCAUUGUGUGACCCUGAGCAAGUCACUUAACCUCCUUGUGCUCCGUCUUUCGGGUGAGAUGUAAUUGUAAGUGACUCUGAAGCUAAUGCAUAGUUCACACACCCUAGUCUCUGUAAGUCACCUUGAAUAAAGGCGUCUGCUAAAUAAACAAAUAAUAAUAAUAAUAAUAAUAAUAAUAAUAAUAAUAAUAAUAAUAAAAUAACACAUAUAUAUAUAUAUAUUAUUGUGGUCGGUGCCGGAUGUUAAUAUUAGACAAUUAUUGGUCUGGAGACUUUGUUUACAGUUCAGACAAACAGGCUUUUUAUUAUUGUUCUUUCAACACACAAAACAAAUAAACAAAACAACACCUAAUUUCACUUUAAUACUUACUACACAAUAGUACUUACCGUAACCCUGGUUCCCUGAAAGAGAAGACAACCACCAACCAAUACUUUUGAGAUAUGCCUGUCUUAGGUAGAUAUCCACUGAGCAUUUUAUGUCAGAGUUGCCGAUUAGGCCCCUCCGUGGAGUGACGUCCUCGGUCCUGCCUGCCGAGGGAUUAAGUAGUCGCUCCACAGAGCUCACUUCCUCUUUUGCAUCGAACCCGUGAAUGCAAGUGAUGCGACCUUGCAAGGUUUGGUGGUCGUCUUCUCUUUCAGGGAAACAGAGUUACGGUAAGUAACCUAACGUUCCCUUUCAAUUCGAAGACGACCACCAACCAUUACUUUUGGGAAAGUAUACUGGAGCCGUCGCGAGGACCUGCCUAAGGCAGGCAUAUCCCAAAAAGCAUUGGUUGGUGGUCGUCUUCGAAUUCAAAGGGAACAAAGGGACAGCUAAGGCAUUUUCCUGUAACAAAAAAACUACAGUUUCAAAAGUUGUAAUUCACACAACAGUAAAGAUUUUCUUUCUCCUUUCUCCUAUACACUCUACAUUCUACAUAUACUACACACUAUACCGUAGCACCCACACAUUCCCAGCUAUGCCAGUUUAAUACAUUUUGGGGUACAAAAGUGGCUUUUUUGUGCUCAACAUAAUUUUAGAUAUUUUAUUUAACAUCAUGUAAUCAAACUACAAAAUGAUAUUGCAAAAGUACUGGAAGCCAUAAUCGUAGUACAGUAUUUCACGUUACAUUUUGAAGUGUCACAUUUAAAAAUGUGUGUCAUUUUCUCAUUAACACUAGAACCGCCACUGUAGUCAUUUUGAUGGUUUUCACUUUUAAAAUGUAAAUGACUCUGUGUGUUAAAGAUCCACGGUAUUAAAUAUACUGACGGCAUUAAAGUCAGAAUCGCAAAAAUAAAAAAGUUAUGAGCACUUCUACCUAGAACCACCAAAAGUAGUCAUUUUGACUGUUUGUUACAAUACAUGCUUUUAUUGUUAGUAUAACCUACAACACGCUAUUUUUUAUAUGUAUACAAGUCAGUUUGUUGUUAUUAUUUAUUUCUUAGCAGAUGCCCUUAUCCAGGGCGACUUACAGUUGUUACAAGAUAUCACAUUAUUUUUACAUACAAUUACAUUAUUUUUACAUACAAUUACAUCAUUUUUUACACAUUAUUUUUACAUACAAUUACCCAUUUAUACAGUUGGGUUUUUACUGGAGCAAUCUAGGUAAAGUACCUUGCUCAAGGGCACAGCAGCAGUGUCCCCACUUGGGAUUGAACCCACGACCCUCCGGUCCAGAGUCCUAACCACUACUCCACACUGCUGCCCCUCUCCACACUGCUGCCCCUCCGCUUAUCUGUACCUCCGCUGAGUUUACAGCAGUAUGUAUUUGAAUAGAAUAUUGCUCUUGAUAUGUGUUAUCCAAAUCUCUAUUGUAAUCAUAUCAAUUCCUUGCCGUCUGGCUGUCUACAUGAGCAUAUAUAGUCUGCUGUCUUAUAAUAUUACUAUUACAAGAAUUGUUCGAGAAAUCUUUAUUUUUGCAUUUUGAGAGCAACUACAGAUAGAUUUGCCUUGGCAUCAGAAAUUUAGAACUUCAUUGAAAACAGUGUUGCCUGUUUCAAGCUAAACAUAAAACAUUACAUGGACAAGCAGCUGUUUCCGACAAAAGCACGGUGUUGCUGGACAAACAAACCUGUCACGUUUGGGAUCAAGUUUUGGCUGGCAGCGGACCAUAUCCCUACCCCUACCUGUGCAAAGAUGAAACUCGCCCAGCUGGUCAGAGACUGGGUGACGUAACUGUGCUCAGGAAAAGAGAGAAAUGUUACCUAUAUAUUGUGAGGAAGCAGGUGGAGUGGGACAGCAGGGAGGGGGUUAAAACCUCCCUGCGAGAGAGAAAAGAUGUGCGAAUGCACUUAUUGUUAAUUGUUUUAUUAGUGAUUAUCCGCACCUGAGCGUUAUUGGGCAGUUAAAAGGAGAGCAGGCAGUCUGCUCGAGGCUGCUGAGGAGAAGGACAUGGAAAGGAGUACUCUGUCCUAGCAGUCCUAAUGUAAGUCCUGUGCUGUGUUGAGCUGUGUGAAGCGUGUGUUUUGGUUGCUACGGGUAAACGGGGUAUCCGUCCCGUGUUAGGAAGGGCGUUCCUGUAUGUUUAGUUAGUGCUCGUAUAAGAGCUAGGUGUUUGUUUUGUGUUUUUGUUUGUUUUAUUAAAAGUGCGCGGAAGCGCUGAACGCUA